AUGCACUCGGGCGGCACGAGCAUCGCCAGCCGCACGCCCAUGCCGCCAGCCUUCACCACCCCGCCUCGACCGACCACCUUUCGGAGCCUCAACCUUGAUCCGCCUCCCCACGCGUCCACCUCGCACACGAGCACGCCUGCACCCACGCCCUCUACCUCUUCCAGCCGUCACUCGAUGCUCUCCGUCGUCGAGGCCGACUCGCCGCAUCAGCGUCGCGUCCCGUCGACCUCGGCCGCCGCCACGCUCCGCAGCGGGCGUCCUCACUCGACCGCCUUCAACCGCCGCCCGACCAGCAUGUACGGCAAGGUCAGCUCGCUGCAGCCGGGCGCGAGCGAGCUGUUGAGCACCGAGGCCGCCGCCGCAGGCGCGUUCGCACCGACCCACGUCGGGUCGACCCAGGUGGACGCGCUCGUCGACGGCCUGCGACGCACAGGUGUCGCUCGCCGCGCCGUCGACGCCGAGGACAACGUUGUACCGCGUCCCCGUCGCACGGAGGACUCGGCCGCGCCGAGCGAGUGGAGCUCUCUCGGCAGCGGUCGCCGCGCCGUCGUUGGGCGCAGGUCGCCGUCCUCCUCGCCGCACCACUCGCGCGAGGCGAGCUCGGCCUCGGACACGUCGUUCGCGAGCCUCGACGCGGUACCGACGCCCGCGCAGCUCGCCGCGCCGCUGUUCCCCCCGUCGGGCGAGCCAGGGUACGGCGGCGAGGACGUGACGGGCGCGCCGAGCAUGGCGCGGCAGGAGACGCUCAAGGCGAUCGACCGGCCGUGGAUGACGAGCACGGCGAUUGCGAGGGGAGAUGGGCCGAGAACGCCGGAGCAGCUGCGCCGGGCGUACCGCGAGGGGACGAGCCCCGAGCCGAGGCGGCCCAGCGGCGAGGGCGGCGUCGCGGGUUUCGGCGACGACGGCCCGAGCCCUCGUCGACGGGCGACAACGCCGCCGCCAGGAGGAGGCCUGCUCGAGACGCCGAGGACGCCGCCGGGCGGUAUCCGCCGGCUGUCGCUCGUCCCCUCGCCGGGCCUCUCCCCUCGCUCGACCCGCCGAGCUCUUCCGCCCCUCGACCCACCUCUCCUUCCCUCUUCUCCCUCUGAUGCGGCUCCUCAACCUCAUCCACCCUCACCCUCGCCUCCACGUCUCCUCGCCUACGUCCCCUUCCCGGCCUCGUCACCUGCCGCGUCCCUCGCCGUGCCCGACUCGAGCACGCCCUCUCGCGCCAAGUCGAUCGAGGAGAUCAUCGCGCUGCAUGCCCCUCCAGCCUACCUCUCGACACGACGAGCGUCGGCGUCAUCCAGUCCGCCGCCGUCGUCAGGGUCGCCGGGCGCCGGCCCUGCUGUGCCCGCCGUCGGUCGCGCGCGCGAGGUGAGCGCCGCAUCCGCCUCGUCGACGGCCGGCAGGAGCAGCGUCGACUCGCUCGACGUCGAGCUGCGCGGCGCGGCCGUCCCUCGAGGGCUCGUCACCGGGCGGCAGGCGGCGUCGUCCUCGAGCGCUGCGGCCCGGCCGUCCGGCCUCGUCUCGCCCAGCGCACUCGCGUCCGACGUCACGAGUCCAUCUCGCGACACCGCCUCGUCGAUCCAGUCGCCCGAGCAGCACGCCUCCUCGCCGUCCUCGGCCGCUCCCGUCCACGCCCUCGAGAGCGAGCGCGAGCUCGCGCGCCUCCUCAAGUCGCCCCGCCUCACGCGCCUGUUCACGCUUCGACGACCGCCCAACGCCGGCCUCACCGUCUCGCUCGCCGACGUCGGGUCCCCGACUGGCCACCCGGUCCUCGUCUUCCUCGGCCUCAACGCCGUCCGGUACCUCGUCGCCCCGUACGACGAGCUCGCCGACGCGCUCGGUCUGCGCCUCAUCUGCGUCGACCGGUGGGGGCUCGGUCGCACGGGCGAGGUCCCCGCCGGUACGCAGCGCGGCUUCGUCGAGUGGGCGAGCGUCGUCGCCGAGCUCGUCUCGCCCGCGCACCUCGCCCUCGACGGCCCGUUCUCGGUCCUCGCGCACUCGGCCGGUGCGCCGUACGCCGUCGCGGCAGCGCUCCACGGCGAGCUCGUCGGGCGCGUGAGCGGGCCGCUGCACCUCCUCGCGCCCUGGGUCUCGAGCGCGGCCGACUCGCUCGCCGGGCCGUACCGGUACCUCAAGCACGUCCCGUCGUCGGUCCUCAAGGCGGCGCAGGCCGCCGAGUGGAAGGUGCAGGGCUGGCGGCUCGGCAAGCCGCCGUCUCUCGAGCUCGCGCCGGUCGGGUGGGACGCGCGCACGGGCCGCCUCAUGAACGGCGACGAGCUCGAGAGCGCCGAGGAGCGCAGGAGCGCCGAAGCAGGACACGGCGUCGCGCUCCUCAACGGCGGCUCGCCGACCAACGCGCGCAAGCUCGAGCUCCUGUACCCCGACGGGCGGCUCAUCCGAGCCGGGCCCUCUGCGACGCCGCCGCCGCUCUCGUCGUCCGCCCCGUCCUCGGCGUCGAAGAGCAAAGGGCUCAAGUCGGGCUGGGGCGGCCUGUUCGGCGGCGGCGGGCUCGGCUCGCCCAAGCGUUCACCGGGCAACGAGAGCGCCGACCCGCUCGAGGCGACGACGUCGCCGGGCAGCCGUCGGUCAUUCCUGUCGCCCUCGCCCUCGUCGACGAGUCGACGAGCGUCGUUCUUCGGCGGCUCGGCCCGUUCCUCGCCGCCGCCGUCGUCGUCCGAGACGACCGGGUCCGCCUCGCAGCGCAAGCUCGCCCCGAGCGGCCUCCCCGCAGCCCCGUCUCGCCGCUUGUCCCUCUUCUCCUUGUCGCCCUCACCAUCACCGACGACACCAUCCUUUCGCCGACCCUCGCUCACGCCCUCAGCCGCGUCGACCUCGUCGCACCGUCCCGGCACCCCGUCCGACGCCCCUCGCCGCGACCGCCUCCCUUCUGUCGCCUCGACGCACUCGCAAUCGUCGGGCGCCGUCACGUCAGUGUCGGCAGGUCGUGAGCGCAGCACGAUCCCGCCCGCAGCGCUCAUCGACGGCCUCCUUCGCGCCUCGCACGCCGAGUCGUCCUCGAGCGGCGCCACGGCCGACCUGCUCGUCCUCCUCGAGCGUGCCUCGCCCGCCACCGCCGCCGGCGCAUCGAGCGGCAUGGGCUUUGCGUACGGCGACGUGCCGCACCGGUGCAAGGUGUGGGCGGGCGACCGGGACGACCGCAUCUCGCUCGCGAGCGUGCGGUGGCUCGAGCGGGAACUCGAUCGCGGCCUGGCGGGCGCAGGGGCGGGGCCGAGGGACAAGGGGUGCGAGGUCAGGGUCGUCGAGGGGGCGGAUCACUCGUUAAUGGCUAACAGCGGCGUCAUGCUCGAGGUGCUCGAGAGCCUCGCCGCCGCGGCGCCUCGUGGCUGAACUGCGCCGACAUCGCCCAUCGUCCUUCCCGCCUCGACGACCAGCUGCGACCCUCGAGCGUCACCGUCUACGUCCACCGACCAGAGCUGCAGCGCCGUCGUCCUCGACCUCGCCGCCGCGUCGUCGUCGCCCGCCAGAAGCCGCGCACGGUCCGGCGUCGUCGUCCUCGUGGCGCCGCACGACUUGCGGUAGCUGCUCUCGUGCAACUCGAGCGCGUCCUCACGGC